AUGACUGCGAGUGCUGCUGCUCUGGGAACAGGGUCGGGCACUCUUGGUUUCAGUUCGGAGAAAUCUCAGGUGAAUAACCUGAUUUUCAUCGGCAGCAAACGAAUACAGACAGCAUUGCGGAGUCCGUGGUCAAACAGACCAGUCAUGGAGACACGAUCCUCUGCUCUUCAAAUGGUUAUUUUAUUGCUUUCAAGUGUAAAUAGUGUAUACCCAUCCCAGGAACUUUUCCCCUCAUCGUUUUAUUGUGGUGACGAGGAGUUGUACUGCCCUAAGUUGGUGGCCAAUGGGGCAUGUUUGGGGCUCUAUCAAACGCCAGAGGGCGUUACUCAAUUCGAACCUCAGCUGGCCAUCCAGACAGUGUUGAAAUGUCGACAGAGUUGCAAAGAGUAUUGGGACAUCCAUCAAGACAAAGUGGAACCCACAUACAGGAAUCUAUUCCAUCAAAUUGGUGGCACAAACAAUGUGAUCAAGGACUAUUUUGGAUUUGAGCACAACAUCUGUGAUCCAAGCCGACAUCAAACAUUUCACUCCAGGUACACUCUGUUGACCAGCUCUUUCAAUGCUUGGACCAAGAACAUGACUGGAGCAAUACACAAGAACAGUGCAUUCCGUCCCCAAAAGGCUAAAGUACCGCCCCAAAUAUAUGCCAUUGUCAAGGGAUACCAUGAUGAGUUAAAAGAAAAUAUCCCUGUUAGAGCGAAUUGUAGCCACAGAACUUUUGAUUGCUUUGAAAUCAAUUACACUGACGAUGAGGAAUGUCAAAUCAAAGAGAUCACCAAAAUGACCAUUCAUCACCUCUCCGUGGAAGAUCGGGCCAUGAUCGCCCUGAUGCUGGAACCAGAAUUGGAGAGAUUGACAGGCAAAAACCUCACCCCGGCUUUGGUGUCUGGCAUGCGACGAUAUCUCAACGACAGUUUUUUGCCCACUCACAUUGACAACACUGGUAAGUAUGAUUCUUAG